ACCUGUAAUGUUUUCUUCCAACGUCUCUGCAGUCAAAGAAGAGUAAGAUCAAAAUGCCUUCCCUGGUGAAGAAGUGGCAGAGCAUCCAGAAGGAGCUGGAUGAGGAAGAGAAGAGCAGCUCCAGUGAUGAGGACAGAGAGCAACUUAACAAGAAGAGUAUCGAGGAGUGGAAGCAACAGCAAUUAAUGACAGGAAAAGCUUCGAAGAAUGCCAACUUCGAAGCACUUCCUGAAGACUGGCGGCAGCGAUUGAAGAAACGGAAGGUGACCAAUUCCACGUAACAUCCGGCCUGCUUCACAUGCCGCCCAGGCAACUUAUUUUUUUUUUUUUUUAUUUUAUUUUUUUUACAUAUACUCCAACCAUUACCACAAGGUCAUCCUUCUCCAGCUAAAGUUUUGUUUAAUGAUCCAUGGACUGUCUUUAUCAUUGUCCUUGUUCAUGAUGGAGACAUUUAGAGGCCCUUACAUGGCAGGCCAUUCACCAGAGGGGGUUGAAUGUCCUUAUCUUGUUUUCUGUAGCCACUGUUGUAAAUGUGCCAAAUGUCUUUAAGUUCAUAACAAAUACUUCACCAUUUUGUAUAGACCCCAAGAAGUUGACCACCACAAUUUGUUAGGAGGAUUGUCUAUUUUAUCAAUCAUUUUUACAGCUAUGUACAUAAAAUGUAUAAUGGGAUAUGCCAUGUUUUUUGGAACGGGAGGGAACAUCACUGAACUUGUACAUUUUGUAAAAAGUUAUUAAACUGUUUUUCCAAAGUCA